AUGCUGAACAAAUUUAUGAAAAGAGGGAUUCGAAAGCCCUCAAAAUCGGAAGUAAUUGAGCCUCCAAUUCCCACUUCCUCAACUUCUAACGUAACUGUAAAUCAUGCAUCACGCCUAGCUGUUCCUUCACCAUCUCCCGUUACUCUUUCCGUGGUUCCACAUAAUCCUGGUAUAGUUGAGGUCCUGCCAAUGCUGAAGGAUGUCCCAUUAUCUGAGCGUCAUAAUUUAUUCAUCCGAAAAAUCCAAAUAUGCUGUUUCCUCUUUGAUUUUUCUGACCCGAUGAAAUGCGUGCGAGAGAGGGAAAUCAAGAGGCAAACCCUGGCCGAGAUUGUUGAUUUGGUGCAGUCAGGUUCCUGCAGAAUGAACGAUAUAAUGCAGGAGGAGUUGGUCAAGAUGAUAUCUAUGAACAUUUUCAGGUGCUUGCCACCUGCACCGCAUGAGAAUACUGGAUCAGAGGGUGGAGAUCCUGAGGAGGACGAAAUGUUCAUGGAUCCUUCUUGGCCCCACUUGCAACUUGUGUAUGAGUUGCUUUUGAAAUACGUGGUGUCAUCCGAGACGGACACCAAGAUCGCAAAAAAGUAUCUCGAUCACUCGUUUGUGCUGAAAUUGCUUGAUUUGUUUGACUCAGAGGACAUGAGGGAACGGGAAUAUGUGAAAACAAUUCUUCACAGAAUAUACGGAAGAUUCAUGGUACAUCGACCCUUUAUAAGGAAUGCAAUAAACAACAUCUUUUAUCGAUUUAUAUUUGAGACCGAGAGGCACAAUGGAAUCGGGGAGUUAUUGGAGAUUCUUGGAAGUAUAAUUAAUGGAUUUGCAUUGCCGAUGAAAGAAGAGCACAAGUUGUUUCUUGCGAGGGCAUUAAUUCCUUUGCACAAACCUAAAUGUAUUAUGUCAUACCAUCAGCAGCUUUCCUACUGUAUAACGCAGUUUGUCGAAAAAGAUUAUAGGUUGGCUGAUAUUGUCAUUAGGGGGUUGCUGAAAUAUUGGCCAGUAACAAACUGCGGGAAGGAGGUUCUUUUCCUUGGAGAAUUGGAAGAGGUUCUUGAGGUUACACAAUCUGCAGAGUUUAGGCGCUGCAUAGUUCCUCUGUUUAGGCAAAUUGGGCGUUGCAUCAACAGCUCACAUUUCCAGGUUGCUGAACGGGCUCUUUUCUUGUGGAACAACGAGAGCAUAGUGAGCCUGAUUGCAGAGAAUCGUAGCGUCAUUUUACCAAUCAUAUAUGAUGCCUUGGACAAGAAUAUUCGCGGUCACUGGAAUCAGGCGAUUGUAGGAUUGAGCUCCAACGUUAGAAGAAUGUUCCUGGAGAUGGACACCGAGCUUUUUGAAGAGUGUCAGAGGGAACACGAGGAGAAGGUGGCUAAAGCCAGGGAAAAGAAAGAACAAAAUGAGUUGGCCUGGAAGAAACUUGAAGAAGUUGCUGCUCGGAAUGCGAUACUGGUGGCGGCCAUGUGCUCAGUGUAA